AAUGAGCACAUGCAUACAUUGUACGGUUGCUAUCGAAACAGAAUGCCGAAAACAGUUUUGUUUAUUGUCUUGUGCAUAAAAUGAUUACAAUUUGAUUUUUCUUUUUUCGAUAAACGUGAUUGUAGUUUUCUUCAAAUAAAUUAAAAAGCAAUGAAUUUCGAUUUGGAUGACCCGCUUGAGGGUCUUCUGAGCGACGGAAGCAACGACAGCUUGUUCGGAAAUGAAACUGCCAAAAAAUCGAACAAAUCGGCCACUGCUAGCAAACCGGAAGCAAAGCAGUCCAAGAUGGAAGAUUUGUUCGGCAUAAAAUCUGAUGCCCCCAAAGUGGAACCGGCAAAAUCUCACGCCGCGUCCUCAGUUGAGUUGGUUGAAAAAGAUGGUCACGCUUCGUUGGAUUUCGCAAAACAGUCCAUAUCCGGGCAACCGUCGAGUUUGAGUAACUUCCAGACACGGAGAACCAGUACUCCGGUUAAGAAAUCAGAAACCGCCCAAAAGAAGGAGAUUACGUUCGAUGAUAGCGAUGUGCUCUCUGACUUGGGAUUCGAUCCGAAGAAACCUAAGUCUAAAUCCAACAUUCUGGACGAUAUUCUUGGUGGGCCGAUUAUCGCUACAAGCAAGGAAACUGCCGCGAAACAGAGCAAACCCAACUACACUAAGCAGUCCCUCGGGGUUAACAAAGAAGAAACUGCGGCCAUCAAAACUAUUUCGAGACAGUCAACGGAAACGUCGGAGAAUCUCCAAACCGAGAGUACCAUAAUGGGAGGCUAUGCUCCCAGUGGAGGCGGUGCUUCUCGGCGAACCGCCAGACGAAAGUCAUCAACAGCAUUGCAUGAUCCACUUGGGUUGUUUGCGAAUCCUAUGGAGGCAAAGAAAGAUGCCAAAGCGAACAAAAAAAGUGCUGAUUGGUUGGGGCUGAAUGAUGAAAAUAGUGUCUCUAAUGAUCCUGCACCGAUUCCUAUUCCAAAAUUUGAAUCAGAUGCCCCCAAACAGGUAGACGUAAUCAAACCACCUACCCCAGUUCCACAACCGUCCGUAGUAGCUCCAUCAAGCCUGACAACUUUAACAGCACCCACAAUCGAGCCACUCCAGCUUCCGUUAACCACAAUUUUGAAGCCAGAUAUUGCAACAGCUGCACAAACUAUGGACAUGAUAGCCGCUGAGACACAAAGUGCUCUGAAUACAAUGCAGCAACAGGAAUUCCAACUUAUAGUUGCAAAGCAGAUGAGAAGUCAAGAACAAGCAUUGCUGGACAUGCAACAGAAGCAGAAAUCUAUUUUACAGAAGCAAGAAUUGCAGUUUAACGAGUUGCUGAACAAACAGAUUCAGCGUCACAAUAUGCUGGAUGAGGUUAUUUCAAAACAACAGGAGCGCAUCAACACCAACAUACAGGUCAUGAUGACUCAACCGCCUCAUAUACCACCACUGUUGAUGGAUCGUGUUGAUGUGAAGACGGUGGAAGAGAGUGAAGUUGCGCUUAAUGAACAGGAAGAUUCCUUAAAUAAGGUUGAACUCAAAGCGGAUCUUAAGCGAUUGGAACUCGAAAAACUUCGAUUAGAAGAUCUGGUUUCUAACAUAACUGCAAAUCAUGAACAGGAAAUCUCUAUGCUGGAGCAAAGCUAUCGCAAGCAGAUGGGCUUUCUGGAUGAGACCCUCAAAAUCAUGGAGUCCAGAAUGAAGACGGAAAACAAAAGUUUAGAGGAAUUUUACACGGGAAAGUUAGACAAACUAGACAAUGAAAAGCAGCAACUGAUAGCAGAACACAACCAAAAGGUGCAGGAGAUGGAAGAGGUGCACCGCAGAGCGAUAGAGAGUUUGAAGACAAAUUACCAGGAAAACUUGGAAAACCUUAAGAGAGAGCACAAGGAAAUGAUCAACAAUAUUCGAGAAUCUAAAAUGUUGGAAUUUUCUGUGCUUCAAGAUAAUCAGUCCUACAUGAGCAUGCUUAAAAAUGCUUCCAGCUAUUUGGAAAACGCAUCCGGGGAUCUUCAACAACUUCGUGAUACACUCCACGAGCAGAUCGAGUUCAAUCACAAGGAGAGAGAUAUUCAACUGAAAGCAAGGGAAAAGCAGCUGGAAGACCAGCAACGGUUGAUGGAACGCACAAAAGAAGCGACUGAUACGGAGAAAACACGCUUGCUCAACCUGGUUGAAAUGUUAGAGGCCAAACUUACUGAACUAUCAAAGACAUCUUCCGAAGAGCACUGGACCUACCAACAGAAAACGGUGAAGCUAGAGACGGAAAGGCAAGCGUUCGAAAAGGAGAAAAACCUAGCACGUGACCGCAUCGCACAAGAUGAAAGGCGUAUCGAUGAACUGAAACAAGCUCAACUGGAAGAGCAUUCCCGUCUGAUGCAAAAAAUAAACGAUGAAAAGUUACUCCUACAAGAGGAGAAAACCAAAGUUGACACACUCGCCAAAAUACAGAAGAAAGAUCAAUCGGAAGUAUCACGAGCGGAGAUAGACGUGGCCGUUAAAGUAGCGGAAGAUGCAGCCAAGCAAUCAGACGCUGAACGCGAACGAUUACUGAAUUUGCAACGUCAAUUCGAAACCAAACGCCGCGAAUUGAUCAACCAGGAAAGUCAACUGAGAACUAAGUCAAGCGAGUUGGAGACUGCCAUAAAUAGUGCCAAACAGAAGGAACUGAGUGCGGAGAAUGCUUUCAGAAGUAUCAAACGAGCGGAACAGAACUUGCAGAUGAAGAUGCAGCUCAUUCAGCGGCAGUUUAGGGAAAUAUCCGAGCGGGAAGAUAGGCUGUCCAAGGACAAGAUCGAACUCAGUAAGGAACGAUUGGAGCUGCAAUCGAUGCGGAAGCGAUUGCAGACAACUCGCUGUAGUCUGUGCAAGGUUGGCGAGCGCUCACAAGAAAUUGGAGAUUAUUUGACGGCUGUUAACAAUUCGGAAUCGGUGGCGGAUGAUCGUAAGUUGGAGGCAAAUUUCUUCGAAAUGCACCAGCAACGGGAUCACUUGAAGGUGGAUGAGUUCUUCGAUGGAGAUUUGGAACGACAGCUGCAAAAUUUCUUGGAGAGGAAUAGAUUGGACGAUGUGGGUAUUGAAAGCGGAAAUGUGUUGCCUAGUAUGGCCCAGAACGAAGAUGGAACGAUCGAUACGGAUUUUUUGCUGAUGAAGUUUGACGUACUGAAGUCGCAGAAUUUCUUCAACCGUGAUGAUGAUAAGUAAAAAGCGUAGUGUAAUAAGUUUUUACGAGAGUUUUUCUUCGUCAUUUUUAAUAUAAGUUUGUAU